CGCCGUGCCCCGCCCGCCCGGCAGUGACGCGCUGGCCUCGCAGGGCGGAGCCUCCGCCCUCCGCUCCCGCCAUCACCAAACUUUCCACCCGCCCCGGUCGCCGCCGCCGCCUCCCGGCACAUGGCACCGCCAGCCCGGCGCUGAGCCCCGCCAGCAUCCCCGGCUGGGGCAGCGCCACCGCGGGGAGCGGGGACAGCGCGGGAGCGGGGACAGCGCGGCCGCCGCCGCGCCAGCGCCGCUGUCACCGGCACCCACCGCAGGGCUCUCGGGAGGACGGGGCAGAGCGGCGAGGGGCGGCCGGAGGCAGCGGAGCCGGUGCUCAUGUGCCCGCGGUCGCGGCGGGGCGAUGAAGCCGCGAUGAGCGCGGCGGGCGCGGGCACCGUGCGGCCCUGGAAGCCCGACCCGGGGCAGGCGGACGUGGGGCGGCCGCCCGGGCCGGCGCUGCCGCUGACCCUCAGCGUGCUGGCCUGGCUGGGCACCGGCACCACCAUGGCCGGCCUCAACAAGUGGAUCUUCGCGGCGCACGGGUUCCGCUACCCGCUGCUGCUCUCGGCGCUGCACAUGCUGUCCGGCGUGGCCGUGGGGUACCCGCUGGGCUGGGCACGGGCACCGGGCCCCCGGCCCCGCGCCAGGAUCUACCUGCUCAGCCUCACCUUCUGCACCAGCGUGGCUCUGGGCAACCUGGGCCUGAGCUACGUGCAGCUGGACGUGGCACAGGCCGUGGCCACCACCACGCCGCUGGUGACGCUGCUGCUGGGGCUGCUGGGGGGCCGGCGGCCGCACCCGCUGCAGUUCUGGGCCAUGGGGCCGGUGUGCGCCGGGGCCGCCUGCAGCAUCGCCGGCGGGCUCUGCUUCUCCCAGCCCGGCUGCGGCUUCCUCCUGGCCGCCACCGUGCUCCGCGCCCUCAAGUCCAUCCAGCAGAGUGUGCUGCUGCAGGAGGACCGUCUGGACGCGGUUUCCCUGCUCGGCCUGACAUCCCUGCCCAGCUUCGUGCUGCUGUUUGGGGCAGCUGUGGCGCUGGAGCUGGGCCCCUCGUGGCAGGGCGUCCUUCGCCCCGACGCCGCACUCUGGGGCUGCGUCCUGCUCAGCUGCCUGGGCUCCGUCCUCUACAACCUGGCCACCUCCUGCCUCCUGUCCCUCACCUCGGCCCUCACGCUGCACCUCCUGGGCAGCCUCACUGUGGUGGGCAACCUGCUGCUGUCGUGGCUGCUGUUCGGCACGCGUCUGGGUGCGCUGGGCUACGCCGGCGUGGCGCUGACGCUGGCGGGGAUGGUGCUGUACCACCAGCCCCGGCUCCUGGGCGCCUGCUGGGGCCUGUGCGGGCUGCGGCAGCACCCGCGCCACCAGUAGGGACCCGCGGGGGGUCGGGGCCGGGAGGGCUCUGGGGGAGAGCUGUGCAUGUGUGCCAGUGUGUGUGUGUCACACGUGCACGUGUGUGCCAGGGUCUGUGACACCGUGCACGUGUGUGUGACACCGUGCAUGUGUGUGCCAGGGUCUGUGACACCGUGCACGUGUGUGUGACACCGUGCACAUGUGUGCCAGGGUCUGUGACACCGUGCACCUGUGUGUGACACCGUGCACAUGUGUGCCAGGGUCUGUGGCACUGUGCACGUGUGUGCCAGUGUGUGUGUGUGUGACACCGUGCACAUAUGUGCCAGGGUCUGGGACACUGUGCAUGUGUGUGACACUGUGCACGUGUGUGCCAAGGUGUGUGACACUGUGCAUGUGUGUACCAAGGUGUGUGUUACUCUUCUGUGCACACGUGUACCAGUGUGUGUGUGACACUGUGUACACAUGUGCGACUGUGUGUAACUCUGUGCACGUGUGCCAGCGUGAGUGACUCUGUGCACGUGUGUGCCAGUGUGCGUAACUCCUCUGAGCAGUGUGUGCCAGUGUGAGUGAUUCUGUGCACGUGUGCCGGUGUGCAUGGCUCUGUGUGCACACACAGCUGCUGAGGUGCACACGUGAGCCAGUGUGCCUGGCUGUGUGCGUGUUGUGUUUUCUGGUGUGCCCAGAAGUGAGUGUACACACCCUGCUUUGCACAGUGUCCAGGUGUGCUGGUGUGCGCAGCACUGUACACAUGGACGUGCUGACAUGCACACGUGAUGUGUGCACUGCUGUGUGCACAUGUGUAGAAUUGCACACUCUUGGGUGUGGGUGGGUCUGUGCACAGCUCUGUGCUUGUGAGUGUGCACAGGCUCAGCAGGUGUGAGCAUGGCCCUGUGUGGGACAUGCCUGUGUUGAUGUGUAUGACACUGCACACAUAGGUGUGCACAGCUCUGUAUGCAUGUGUCAGUGUGCAUGUGUUGGUGUGCAGGUGUUGGUGUGCAAGCAGGUCUCGUGCUUGUGGGCACGUGCGCAUUGCCCCAGGCUGUGUACAGGUGUGUACACAGGUGUGUGGCACACGUGUGCUGCUGUGUGCAGGCUGGGCGUGAACAGCUCUGUGUGUGUGUGCAGGUGUGUGCUGCUGGCAGGUACCACUGUGCACUGGCUCUGCACAUGUCCCUGGUGUGCACACACGGCCUGGGCAUGCCCAGGGACAUGGCUCUGGACACAGCUCUGGAUACACAGCUCUGUGUAUCCAGCUGCUGUCCCACCUGGGCAGACAGACAUGGCUGUGUGUCUGUGUGUCUGUAUGUGUGUGUCACUACUGAGCUCUGCUGGCUGGAGUGGCCCCUGGCUCUCUGUGUACACUCGGUUCUUGUGGCCGAACUGAAUGCCCAGGACAGGGCGGGUGUGUCCCCUCUCCUGUCCCCAUCCCCACCGUGUCGUGACAAUUCCACGGGGCUGCCAGUGGUGCUGCCGAUGUUGUCUUUGACCCCACCACGCCCCUCAGCCCCCACAGCUGUCCCCACCCCUCCCAGCUCGCUGCAGACUGGCAUCCGUGGCAGAGAUGGUGAGAGCCCAGCCGAGGGCACGGGAGCAGCCUGGACCAGCUGCCAUCGCUCCAGGACAGUGGUGGGCUGUGACACGGGACAGUGCUGGGCUGUGACACAGCACAUGCUCGCCACGGCAAAGGGACAACCCGGUGUGUGUCCCUGGCACCGCUGCCGGGUCCGUGGUGGCCAUUGCCACACUUGUAUCUCCACGCCGGGGCCGAAGGACCCAGCUCCAAUUGCACUUGUCCCAAAAUAAAGCUCUAUUUUUGUUGUACUCCA